UGCCAAACCUUACGGAGAGGGUCCUUAAAUGCUGCAGUUGGUGCAGUUGUGCAGCCUCCAUUACUGCAUCAACAAUUAGCCACGCAACCAUAAGAGAAAGUCAGAGAGAUAAAUGCUCUCUAUCUAGCUUUUACAUUCAAAUAAUUACAUAACAUUUCAUUACAAGGCUCUUUCUGGAACCGUAUCUGGUCACAACGGGCCAUGAAUUAUAUUCAGACAAAAGGCGUUGUGAAGCGGAAAUGCAAAGAAACCGAUGAAACCUUGUGUUUUACAGUGUCUAAUACAAACAUGUUGCAACACGCCCGCAGCAGAGGAAAACGCUACAAUCUCUUGUCGUUUUGGGAGUUACCGGACUACAUGAAAGAUAAUGAAUAUAUUUUACGUUAUUACAGAGCCAAUUGGCCUCUCAAAGUAGCUUUCUUCAGCCUCUUUCGUUGGCAUAAUGAAACGUUAAAUGUUUGGACGCAUUUAAUUGGUUUUUUUCUGUUUCUUGGGUUGACCCUUGCGAAUUUGAUGAAGCCUCGUGUGGUGGAUCUCUUGGAACUCUUUACCAGGUCUUUUUCUUCAAGUGCGGAAAAGAAUGUUUCUCAUAAUAUCAAAGAUUUGUUUCAGGGAACAACGUUACUAUUUGAUUUAAAACAUCAAGUACCUUUGCCAAUCCAACUUGAAGCCACAGCACUGGUUAUAGCAAGGUGGCCAUUCUUUGUUUUCUUGGCUGGCUCUAUGUUCUGCCUCUUCUCUAGCAGCAUGUGCCACCUCUUUUGUUGUCACUCUCAUGAUUUAAACCUGUUUCUGUGGCGAUUGGACUAUGUUGGGAUAGCAGUGAUGAUCAUCACCUCAUUUUUCCCUCAGAUUUACUAUGUUUUCCUAUGUGAACCCCACUGGCAAAUCAUCUACCUUGCUGGGAUCACAGCCAUGGGACUAUUCACCAUUGCAACAAUGCUAUCGCCAACACUUUCAACUGGCAAAUACCGUGCAUUCCGGGCCAUGUUGUUCUGUUCAAUGGGGCUUUUUGGCAUUGUGCCUGCAGUCCAUGCAUGCUUUGUGAAUUGGUCAAAUCCUAAACGCAAUGUCACACUGGCAUAUGAAAGUACUAUGGCCUUAUCUUACUUGACAGGGACUUUAUUCUAUGUAACUCGGAUACCGGAAAGGUGGAAGCCUGGGUGGUUCGACUUGGCUGGCCAUAGCCAUCAACUAUUUCAUGUUCUUGUUGUUGUUGGGGCAUUGGCACAUUACGCAGCCACUCUUCAAAUGCUAGAUUGGCGUGACUCUUUUGGGUGUGACACGGUUCCAUGAAAUCAAGUGUCUUUCACAACUUAUUGGGGGGGUUUUCUCCUAUAAAUAUAUUCUAAUAGCGCAAGCUUUUGUGCAGUGGUAAGGAUCAUUAUUAUUACAUUGUUGGAUUUUAAACAAGUGUGAGAUAAUUAAUUACAAGUCCAAAAUGGCUAUGAUUUUAGAAGUCAUUCAUCUCAAUAUUAGUUGAUUAAUAUUGUCUUGAUUUUGUUCCCCUUUAAAAAUUUGUCAUUCAGUUUAUUGUAUCUAGAAUUUUCUUUGGUGAGGUUUUCUCUUUUUUCCCUUUUUCAAACGUUUUCUGUAUGGCUAUUGAGAUGAAUAUCGCUUUUUUGUUUGAAACUAUGAUGCCUAACAUGUCGAUGGCCAGUAGUCAAAAGUAGUCAAAAGUGCUGUAAAGUUUGCCCAAUAUCUAUUUAUCUAACUGAUAAGGAGCUUGAAUAUCUUU